UUUGGAGCCUGUGAACGGACACAAGCAUGGCGUCGUCAUCCGAUUCGUCCCAGCCCAAUAGAGGCGACGGCGACGGCGAUGGCGAUGGAAGCAGUCCCUUACACCCAGAGCUGCUCCAGUUCUGCAGUAGAGCUCAAACUCUGAUUUCCGAGCUCUUCCUUCUCUCGGAUCGAAUACCCUCCGAGUUCCUCGAUCGUCGCUUCGAUCCCGUCCUUUUCGAUCUCAGGUACUUGGACUCUCCUGGUGCAUUCGAGUCAAGGAUUGAGGGAAAUGCUGCACUAGAAGCACUCGAAGACCAAGUUCGUGAAUCCUGUUCAGAAUUCUUGAAAAGGUUCUUUCUUUUGGCAAAUGGCGCGGUCCUGUAUUAUUUGGAGCUCCUUAGGUACCUGGAUUCCAUGCAGGAAGGGUUAUCUUUGCAGUGUACUCUAGAUAGUGUGCUCGAUGAUGAAUGUAGCAGACAGCUAUUAACAGAAUCCAUACAACUCUUUGGAUGCUUUCUACUAUUGGUGGAACACCGAAUUGGUGGUUUAUUAAGGGAGAAACUUCUGGUCACUCAUUUACGCUUCAGUCGCUGCUUCAAUUCUCCUAACAUAAAGCACAUAUGCUCAUUUUGCCGUAUGCAUCGAGCUGCUUCUGACAUGAAGUAUGAUGUUAAUCCAUUUUCUUUAAGGUCAACAACGAUUUACAUAGAGAAUCCUGAAGAUAUUUUGGCAAGAUUUCCUUUUCCUAAGUUAGUGGUUGAUGCUAUCAUCUGUGCUCUACGGAAUGCUGACCUAUACGAUCAAAUACGCCACUAUCCGGAUCCACAACAUCGUUCGAUGGCACUGUCAUUGCAGAGCAGAUGCAUGUAUGUUCUACUGUUUUAUUCACCUGAGUUUUUGCAUGAUGGUUUUAUCAUGCGAGAAAUUGUUGAUCGGUUUUUCAAAGACCAUUGGGUGGUUCCUUUGUUUUUGCACCACGCGGUGGAUCUGUUUGUUUCAUGGGAUGCCUUUAAAGAAGCAAAGUCAUCAUUAUCCUCUUGUCAUUCUCCCACAUUAGUACGUGACUGCUGCCAAAAUCACUGUAAGAAGGUUAGACACCUAUCAUCUGAGAUAGAGUUGAUUCUCUCUAAUGGGGUUUUGACCAAAGAUUACGUGUUGGAUAGAUUUCAGAACCUAUUUUCACUGGUCAGAGACUGCAAUGUUGCUUUGCGCUGGCUUUUGCUUCAUAGAAUUUGCAUUGAUAGGAAAUUAAGGGAGAUCGUUACUUCUGUAGGGAUUGCAGAACAAGUUGAUGAAGACUGCCUGUUAGCGUUUCUAUUGAGGACCUCCCAACUUGAAUUUCAGUUGAAACAACUAUUUGUAGAGCUUUUGGAAAACAAGGAAUCUUUUUGGCAUGAAAAGAAACAUUGUGUUUCUAGAUGCAUUGAAGAACUAUCUGGCUACCUGUCCAGAUCUUGGGCUUCAUCCUGCAAGAUUAAGAAUGAGAACUUGAAGGAUUGGUUCGAAAAGCUGUCUGUGGAGGUUUACUCAUUGGACCAUAAACAACCUGGAAUUUCAGGCAGGAUAGUUUAUCGUAUUAUAUCUGCAUUAAAGGACAUUUUGAAGUUGCACCAAGUGAGAUCUUUGUCACCAUUGAUGAUUGAAGAAAACCUACAAGUAAAGAAAUCUUUAUUGGAGAUGGAAAAACAUCUGCAAGAUAUGAUCAAAGCUAACAGUUUAAGCAAUGAUUCUCUCUUGACAUUUUCUGUGAUUACAGAUGCCACAUAUGCAUGGGGGUAUGUUUCAAGGUUAGGUGGACUUCUUGGCAGGAUGAUUGAGGGAGAUCCUUCAGUUAUGCGAAUUUUGCACAUGUUCUUCCUUAAAUUUAAGAAAUGGAUGGAUGUGCCACUUUCACGCAUUGCCCAGAGUCAAAGUGCAGAUCUCCAGUGCACCUCAAAUUAUUAUUUCUCACAAUUUGCAGCUCAGAUAUGUUCGACAUUAGAUAUUGUACCUGGUUUACUGCUUGGAUUAUUUAAGGAAGAUGGAAUACAUGAUCGGUCUUUUUAUUUAGCAAACCGAGUGGACAAAGAGAAGCUUCAAGAAUUUAUGCAGAUGGAUCUUCUGCUAAAGUCAGGAAGGGCUGCCAACAAGAUAUGUGUCAUCUCACAGGGAAUAAUGGUUAUCUCGAGGAAUUUCCUUGGCCUUAUCAACAUGGACCUCAAAGACUGGUUAGUGGAGCAGAUAAUAAAAGGACUGAAGAUGCAAAUUCAAAAUAAACUGAAUUCUUUUUUCCUCUCAUCUAGUGUUUCUCGUGGAACUCUAGAAAUCGAUAUGAGGAUGCUAUCCACUUAUAUUCAAUCACAAAUGCAGAUGAUGGAGAUCCUUCAGGAUUUACUUCAUAUAAAUGGGAGAUCCAUUUGGGAAGAAGUUUUAGCCAAUUUCUUGAAAGAAUCUGCUCGGAAUUUUUUACAGGAACACAGUGAACUUAUAAAACAGAAGAGAGAUGUGGAAUUUUCAUCUGCUUUAUUGAAUAGUAUUUCUAAGUCAAAGACCUUUUUUGGAAAUUUGUUGAUCCAAGUACUGCAGUUAACUGAUCCAUCUCGUUCAAUGUUCAUAGAGCCUAUGAGUGGUUGGUUUGAUGCUGAAGGGAAUGAAUUACUGGGGUUGCUUUUCUUUGAUGUACUUGAUUCAUGUAUAGGGCAGGCUGGUUUGUGCAUCUUGGAUUCACUACUAUGUAUAUUGGUCAAAAACAGUUUGGAGCAUGCAUUGAGUUGUCUUAACAGUAGGUUGGAUUGUAGAAUUUUGGAAGAACUACGUAAAAUGGAUGGUAAUUUGGGUCCUGCACCAUCUCUACCUUUGCUAGGUUGGACGUCGUAUAAGAGCAUGAUCAAGAUGGGCAAUGAAUCAAUGGAUCCACUAGUUUCAUGUUUUGCAACUACUGGACAGCUACAGUUGUUGCGGUGCUUUGUUGCCUUUAAACUUCGGUCAUCAUCUAAGAUUAAGGUAGGUUCUAUUUAUUCGGCUGUUGAAGGUCUGAAUGCCUCAAUUUACGUCAAUAGGGAUAAAACAAUUGAGGCAUUAUUUUCCAAACAAGAAAACACAGAUCAAAAAAUGGAGGAUAAUCCAUUUGUGGGACUUCUUCAAGCACUCAACAGAAUGCAGAAGUUUUGUGGUAUUCUUUCUCCUCUUCAAACAAAUUAUAUUCUGAAAGAGCCUCCUACUUUAGUUGCAAGAUCUGCAUCCAUUUUGUCAAUAUCACAGUUGUCACGUUAUGUACUUGAUACUCACUUGGGCACUUUGACCAGUAAAACGAACAAAUCCAUCACAGAUUUUUCUCCUGUCGUCAUAGGACUUGGAACAUUUCUUAAGCAGUUCCAUCCUUCUCAUGCAACCCAAUAUAUACAGUACAUGGGUCAGUAUGUUAGGAUAACUGCAGAAUUAGCAUAUGGAGUCUAUGAUCCCCAGAUAUUGCUUGAUGACCCAGCAUCUGAGGUUUUGAAGUCAGCAUUCUGGUUGAUGUAUUUCUGUAGAUUCAUGGGUGCCCCCAAAAGUUUAGUUGACUCAUGCCUGCCGCCCUCUCUUGUGGCUAUGUUACAAAUGUGAAGUUUCAAUUUGGAUAAAGCAUCAAGCUUCUUUUGAGGAACCUUGGAGCACAAGAAGUGGAGCGAAACACGCAGCUAGUGAGAAAGAUGAUACAAGAGAGGGUCGACGAGCUCGGUGCGUUCGAGGGAUGAGGUGCUGAGGAAGAGUACGUUGAUGGACGAGAAGGAAGCACACAGCGUUUUCGAGGGACGAGAAGCCAGAGUGGAAGGUUGUUCGAGAAAGUCAGAAAAUGGAUUCAGGUGAGCCACAUUUCGAUGACUGAAAUCACCCAACUGAGUCAAGCCAGAGUGGAAGACCCGGAUGAAAAAUCAACAUGAAGUUGAUUGUGGUCUGGGCGCCUAGAACUAUUUCGGGCGCUCGGACCGGUUUGGUCCAAUCAGGGGUGCCUUGGCGAGCCGCCCCUAUGCAAAGGCAGUCCAGGCGCCCGGAGCUGUUCCAGGCACUCAGAUCAGAUAAAAUAUUAUCUUUCGCCCGUUGCGUAGCCGUUACGACAUGAAUAAUGUUUUAUCCAUACCUAGGUGCUCAAAGCCCUUCUAGGUGCUCGGACCUUGCCACAAUUUCGACCAGUGGAUUAUAAAUAGAGCUAUGAUCUUCUCCUUUCAAAACAACGUAUUAGGUACUUCAAGUUCUAUUCAAUUCUUCAUUUCUGGGUGUCACUUUCGUGUAUGAGACGUAUCCGCCUUCGACGUUUUGUCG